AUGGCGACGGCUUCAGAGCCCAAAUCUGCUGUCGGAAAGGUUCGAUUCAUACCUCUCAGCUUUAAUCAAGCCGACUCAAACACCUCAGCUCUGCGCCUUAUCUAUACUCUCAGGCCGGAAUGGGAGAAUAACGGCGGGAAGGUCGAAUUAGUUCGCUUUACAGAUGGAAUUACAAAUACGUUAUUGAAGCUCGUGAACAAGAGACCAGGUCUAUCGGAGGAGGAGAUAGAUAGUGAGGCUGUUUUGCUGAGAGCAUACGGCCAGGGUACCUCUCUGAUAAUUGAUCGUGAGAGGGAGACUCAAAAUCAUGAAUUGCUCAUGCAGCACAAUCUUGCCCCCCAAUUACUAGCUCGAUUUCAUAAUGGGAUGCUGUAUCGUUUCAUUCGAGGAACAGUGACACAGCCAGCGGAUCUACGGAAAGAAGACAUAUGGCGUGCAGUUGCCAGACGUUUGGCGGAAUGGCACGCCGUUGUUCCUUGUCUACCAUCCUCUCGAGAGCCCCUAGCGACAGAGGUCACAGGAAGUGAACAGCUCGGAAUCUCCGCACCAACCCCGAGUAAGAAGGAUCCAGCGUUGCAGCAAGCAAUUGACAAUGUUGCACCCGGAAAGCUUGCUCCUAAUGUUUGGACAGUUAUGCAAAAGUGGAUAUAUGCACUUCCAGUUACAUCCGAUGCAGAAAAGACCAGACAAGCCAACUUGCAGAAGGAGUUAAUGCGCCUGGUUGGCGAGUUCAGUAAUCGGCCUGGUCUGGGGGAAAAUAGUCUGGUAUUCGCUCACUGCGACCUAUUAAGUGGUAAUGUGAUCAUACAGCCACGCUCCGCAGGAGUCACGAAGCCCAGUAUGCCUGCGACUGUCAGUUUCAUCGACUACGAGUAUGCAACACCCUCUCCUGCGGCGUUCGAUAUCUCAAACCAUUUUGCUGAGUGGGGCGGAUUUGAAUGCGAGCAUGGUCUUCUGCCAACCCAAUCUCAGCGACGUGACUUCAUUCGUGAAUAUAUACGAAGUUACUUCGCCCAUCUAGAUCAUGAUAAGGAGUUUGACGAAGAAGCCGAAGUCGACAAGCUCUUCAACGAGAUCGAUACCUUCCGCGGAAUCCCUGGAUUUUACUGGGGAAUAUGGGCCCUGAUCCAAGCUACUAUAUCACAAAUUGACUUCGAUUACGCAUCGUACGCAGAGGUCCGAUUGGGGGAGUACUGGGCAUGGCGAGCAGAGACAGAUGGCAGCAGGGCUGCAGCAGGGAAAGAGAAACCUCUGAGAGAACUGAGAUGGGCGCAGGAGGCGUAG